CUGAAGGAAUGUAAAAAGCUACUUAGUAGACUUCAAACACAAAAGGCGUACUUACCUGGACCUAUCACCAAUCCAACAGCGGUACCGGCGGCCACACAUCCUAUAGCUCGGGACCUAUCCGCGGACGUUGAGGUUGUGGAUGCAAAUGCUCGCAAUAGCACAGAAUUGCCUUAA